GACGAGCUUUACUGUGCUUCUUCUCAUAUUGUCUUCUAUCGUUGUCAGAUUCUUGGCGCGUCAUUUUCAUUCACUUGCAACAUUCGAACUGCGGGACGCGCGACUGGAGUUCCAUUAGAAUUUCACGCUGAAAUCACAAAUUCUGUCACCUGUUGGAGAAGGUGUUGAAAAGUCCCAGGUCUCCAGGUCAGUGACAGCCAUGGACCACCUGUAACUCCAGGUCGCUGUUCCCAGGGAUCAACCUUGGGUGAGCAACUGAAACAUGAAAAUCAACAAAUCCUCAGACUCUCAAAAGGCUCAGCUGUUUAGCUUAAAUUAAAAUUUUCCUCAUCUCAUCCAUAAUCUAGUUUCUUGACUGUAGGUUGCCAUUGGACGUUAAGAGGGCAGAGUCUUUGUCCUUGAUACAGGAACUAGCGGACAUUCAUUAACGGAUUAGAAUGGCAAAGUGGUUAAAAGACUAUUUAAGUUUCGGUAGCAGACGGGUGCCCCCUCAACCUCCGAAACCAGAUUACACUGAGAGUGAGAUACUAAAGGCAUAUCGAGCACAGAAAAACUUGGACUUUGAGGAUCCAUAUGAAGACUUUGACAACAAGGUUAAAAAUGACAAUGGCUUGACCGAAGUGCCUCAUUCUGGCUUGGGCUCUCCUUUGAAAUCCUCCAGUCUGGAUAUCAAGGUGGUUUCACCGAAGCAUCGCCUCAUUAAGGUGGACUCGCAAGACCUGGGACGGAGCAAGAUUCUCCUGAGCUCUGUGUCAUUCGAGGAACCAGCGGAUCUGGUGGUCCCAUCAGCUCCAGUCAUGGGUGAUGCAGACUACUCCGACCCAUUUGAUGCUCAUUCUGAAACCGUCCAGGAGCCAGUUACUCCUGAGAACAAUGGCUACAUGGAGCCCUAUGAGGCCCAAAAAGUGAUCACAGAGCUACAGAGAAGAGCUGGUGGAGGUGGAGGAGGCUGGGGCAGAGGUGAGGUGCAGCUCUACGACACCCCGUACGAGGAGCGGGUCCCGGGGCAGCCGGAUCUGCCGGAGGAGGGCAGGGAGAGCAGUCUGCCACAAGAUGACGAGAGGCCAGCUGAUGAAUACGACCAGCCCUGGGAGUGGAAGAAGGAACAUAUCUCGAAAGCAUUCGCAGCACAGUUUGAGGGUGCAGAGUGGGACCGUUCCUCUUCACCCACAGAGCGUUUUAGGUCUUGCAGGCCUCCACUAACCACAGGCAGCAUGAAGCUCCGCAAGCCCAGCGACCCUCAUUCCAUGAUCGGGGAGAGAGUGGACCCCAACCUGCCCCUGGAGAAACAAGUGUGGUAUCACGGUGCUCUGUCCCGUUCGGAGGCGGAGUCACUGCUAACCCUGUGUAAGGAGUGCAGCUAUCUGGUGCGAAACAGUGAGACCAGUCGCUCGGACUACUCUCUUUCUCUGAGGAGCUGCCAGGGUUUCAUGCACAUGAAGUUCUGCAAGUCCAAAGACGGUCGCUACAUUUUGGGCCAGAACAGCCCGCCGUUCGAAACCAUCCCAGAAGUGAUUCACUAUUACACCACACACAAACUCCCCAUCAAAGGAGCUGAACACUUGUCCCUGCUCUUCCCUGUGUUGGUUCAGACUCUCUGAUUGGUUGGAGCACUGCAGGUCUCAGUGCUAUGGGCGAAACGUACGACAGAAGACUUUAUUGACUAUGGGAUAUACCAUUGGGAAUGCAGAGUGUCUUGGAUUAGAUUAAUUCCUCUGAUUAGAAGAACAUCUGGUUGAAGACGGCAACCUUCAGAAUUGAACUUCUGUCAUGUCCGAUUAAUUUACUGCUAGAUCUGUUAACAUGCCAUUUCAGAUUAUUGUUGAUAACACUUUUCAAACUCACUUGAUUGACUCUUCUAUGGUCAGACUGGCAGCAAAGAGACCUGUUGUGUGGCCUUAGUUAUUCUCAAUUGGGACUUUGGAUUCACCGUUGCAAAUGUUUAUUGAUCAAUUAGCAGCCUUUUAUUUCGAGCAGACAGGACUCUCCUCUUUAUAGCUGCUGUAAAAGACAUUCCAACAUGACAGUUUAUAACUCUCCACUCUUUAUAUGUUGUGAAGUCCUUUGGUUCUUGUAAGACCCUUGAGACACAAAAAAACUGUCUGGUCCACUCAAAUUAGUCCCUAGGAAUCCAUUUUGUUUGUGUCAUUUUAAGACUUCAACUUAGAUUGGUGCAUGUUGGUAAUGUUUGCUUGCGGAGUCUUUAACAGUAAUGGAUACCAACCAUGAUCUAUAUCGCAGAGAUGUUCCUGUUAUUUAUAUUAAUAUUAGGACACCAACACAGUAAAAUGUUGUAAAUGUGUUUCUUAGCUGCUGUGUUUUAAACUGAUUUAUAUGUGUUAUAUAAUAAACUUUCU